AGGUCCUUUAAAAACUACGAUGGAUGUUAUUAACGCAGCUAAAAAAAUUUCUGAAGCUGGUACUAAGCUGGAUAAACUAACCAGGGAAAUAGCAGAGCAAUGUCCAGAAAGCAGUACAAAAAAGGACCUCUUGGCGUAUUUGCAACGCAUUGCCCUAUAUUGUCAUCAAAUUCAAAUAACUUCGAAAGUAAAAGCAGAUGUUCAAAAUAUAAGCGGUGAACUUAUUGUUUCCGGGCUGGAUAGUGCUACAUCGUUAAUUCAAGCGGCUAAAAAUUUAAUGAACGCCGUUGUAUUAACGGUAAAGUACUCAUAUGUGGCAUCAACAAAAUAUACAAGGCAAGGAACUGUGUCUUCCCCAAUUGUAGUAUGGAAAAUGAAAGCACCAGAAAAAAAACCUUUGGUCAGGCCGGAAAAACCAGAAGAAGUACGAGCCAAAGUUCGCAAGGGAUCUCAAAAGAAGAUUCAAAACCCUAUCCAUGCAUUAUCUGAGUUCCAAAGUCCUGCUGACGCUGUUUAAAAAUUGAUUUUCUAUCAAUAUCUAUUAAUUACCAUAAACAAAGUAGUAUUAAAAUCAUUGCGCUUAUCUAUGGUUACGAGGGCUGCUAUAUAUAAUUCUGGCCUUAUAAUGAAAAUACGAAUAUUUAUCAACGAAAAUGGUUUUAUUGUUUUUCAAAACAUAUGCGCUCAAACCAAUUUUCGAAACACUUUUUCCACUCCGAUUGAGAUGCUUCAACAGCAUCUCCUGGCGAGGAAAAUUGUUGACCACGCAUUAUUUUCUUAAUCUGUGAGAAAAAAAAAAAGUCAUUGAGUGCCAAGUCAGGGUUGUACGGCGGAUGACCCAUCAAUUCGACGUUUUGGCCGGUCAAAAAGGCGCUGGUUGAGCCGAUGUGUAAGAAGAGCUCGCAUUGUUAUGAUGCACAAUGAUUCGUCUUCUCAUGGUCGUUUUUCCCAUUUCUCCGAAGACUUCAGGCAAACAAAUGGUGUUUGCUCAAGCGGAACAGUAUCACACAUGACCAGUUUUGCCAAAAAAACAGGCUACCAUUUGCUUCGAAGUGCUUCUUCCACGAACAACUUUCGUUGGAUUUGGCUCGUCUUGGAAGACCCACACGGUCGAUAGCUCUUGUUUCGGGAUCAUACGGAUAGAUCAAUGAUUCGUCACCUGUGACGAUCUUAUAAAGGUCAUUUAAAGCACCGCGAUCGUAUUUUUUCAGCCUUUCUUUGAGCGAUUGUUAGAUUGUGCGGGAUCCAACGAGAACAAACCUUUUUUACGGCCA